UACAUCAAACUACUCGAGGUUGAAUAUCAAAUUGUUGAUUCGGUCAUGUUCAAAAAUCAGAACCAAACCCUUGACAACGUCAUUGCAAAGGUGAAUUUCACACACACCCAUGUGUAUGCUUUGAAAAGAGGAGAAUGUUGGUUUACUAUCGAACACGACGGAGUGCGUUUAAUUUCGCAAUUUCUUCAGAUGCCAUCCGUUCUUGGUUGGGGAGCAAAUUGUGCAGCAAACCCUCAACAUUAUAUUGGUGAUUAUAAGUUUAUAAAAGCGCGCCAAUCCGACUUGAUCGUCGAGAUUCUCAAAAAAUUCAAAGCAGCUACCUCUCGUGCGCCUCGUCACAUUGUUCUCUACUUCUCUGGCAUUUCGGAAGGACAAUUCAGCCUCGUAACUGAUACGUACAUAAGAGCAAUCAGGACUGGAAUCAAAUCUCUUUCGGAAGCAUAUAAUCCAAACGUGACAGCUCUUGCUGUCUCGAAGGACCAUAACGAGCGCUUGUACAAAUCGAAAAUCGUUGGAGAACGUGCUACGGACCAAAACAUCCCUCCUGGAACCGUAGUUGACACCAAAAUAGUUUCGCCUGUAAUCAACGAGUUCUACCUCAAUGCUCACUCAGCUUUCCAGGGAACUGCAAAAACACCAAAGUAUUCCCUGUUAGCGGACGAUUCAAAUAUUCCUCUUGAUGUCAUCGAGUCCAUGACUCAUGGCCUUUGUUAUUUGCACGAGAUUGUAACAUCCACGGUGUCUGUCCCUGUGCCACUAAUUGUUGCUGAUCGUUGUGCCAAGCGUGGUCACAACAUCUUUAUUGCAAACUCUUCGGGUCCUGACUCUUUUAAAAUAUUCCAAAAAAUUUUGGCGUUCUCCAAGGUCUUCUGA